CCACGCCCCUUUGCAAAUACUGCAACAAGUGCACUGAAGAUGCUAACCAGCUUGGUCUUCAAAGAAAUACAUGUUUUAAUUGGAAACCUGCGGUAUUAUGCGCUUUUUUCCCCCGGCACCAUUGGAAGAUACUACAUGAUUGAGAGCUUACUCAAUGUUGCUGCUUGACUCCCAACAGGUUUAGCCGGUUAUCGAAUGUGAAAUUAAAAACCGCAAAGCUUGCGCAAUUUAGUAGAAGUUUAUUAGUGAGCUAGCUCAAGUUGCUAGCCAAGUAUGUUGAAGGGGUUAGCCAGACAUUUGUCAGAAAUGCUGCAGGGUAAGUAGUUAUUAGAAGCGCUUCUGUUUUGUACUUUGCCAGACAUGUUUUUGUGAGAGGAUCACGAUUCGUUUGACCUCAGAGAAACCAGACGACUUCACCAUGACUACACAGCAGAAACCUCAGCUGUGCUGAUGUAAGAACAACAGGUCAGGAGGACAACAUCAGCGACUAUGAGCAAGACGGAACAAAACGACAGUAUAUCCUCCACAAGCACAGACUCUCCCCUUCGCCGCCGCAACACUAACUCUGACCCACUGGCCCGGAGCCGACCCCUCAGUGAUAUAUACCCAUUUCAGAGUCAAUGUGAGAGAAACGUGGUCCCAUAUCUGCUGUCUGGAUGUGGCACCCAGGUACAACCAGUGACUCUAGGUUCUGAGAGCAGACUGAAUGGCAUCAAUGCCUCUGCCUGGUCCAACCCUAUUAUAGGUCAACCUGAAGGAAACCCUUACUCAUCAAGAAUAAUGAAGCUUUUUUCUAACUCAAGAAAAGGUCCCGUCCCUGCUCACAGUGCUGUUGGCAACAGCAGCCACCAGUCCUUGUUGGGACUUUCAGGACUGGGUGUUGUGGGUUCCUUCAAAAAGCUCCGCUCCUCUGUACUACACAGCAUUCAGAAUAGAGGGCCGGCAAACCUCAAUGGAGAGCAUGUCCUUUCUCCAAAUCAGGAAAUGACUAAUGGCACAGUUAUGGUCAACACUGACUCUGGACCAGAUGAUACAACAGAUCAUAGUGUGACUAACAGAAGUUUUACUGGUCAGAAGUUGUCUCUGAUGAGUCAGUUUGGCUCAGAUGUUGAGGACUAUGAUGCUGAGGAAAAUGAUGGAGAGGGUCUCACCCGCAGCUCACGAUUCUCCAGGAGUAUCAGGAGAGCAUAUGGAGCAGGACGCAUUUCUUUACUUGACAUGGGCAAUGGGAUAAACACUGAAAUCAACACAUAUGAAUCCAGAGACAGUCAGAAACCAGGUCAGACAUCCAAAAUCAAUGUCCAAACAGAGAGCAUAAAUGACAACACAAAUGCGAGGGGGAUGAGCAGACUGAGCAAAAGUUCAGAAAAUCUUUCUAUAUUUAAGAUACCUUUCAGGCACAAAUCCCCAUCCCUAAGUUCUCCUUUACCUCUGGAAGACUUCCAAAGGACUUCCACAACAAAUGGGGCACUAAAUGUCCAGAGAACCACCACUGCCUCCUCAGUGGACAUCCAGGGCCAUGCUGUUAACAGCAGGAAGAGCCCUUUGAAGACCAAGCCGCCAAUGCUGAAGCUUGUUGGCAACAUGACUGACCUAACUGUGCGACGUAGACCAAAUUCAGCUCACAGCCCUACCUCUGCAUCUCCCUUGUCACCCCAGAGCCGUCUCCAUGAUGACUACUCCCGCCGUGUGCCUUGCCUAAAAGCCAGUGAACGACGGCGCCGACCAUCACCUGUCAAAGCCCGGAUCACGCCUGUGGAACAUACUCCUCUGAUUCAUAACCAACCUGAAUGCAACAUCAGCCCACAGCAGCUUCAGGCCUUUAUCACACCAAGUUCUCUGGAUCCCCCAUAUAAAACAGAGCAGACUUCACCUGGUGGGUCUGCUCUGUAUGAACCAGAGGCCACAGAAAGCUGUUAUAAAUGGAUGGCGGAGCCUGGUACAUCUCCACUCAGCCAGCAAGAGCCUUUACAACAGCAGGACCAGACUGAGGUCAACUUGCUAACGACUGAGGUGAUAUCGGAGCAAGAAAGGAGAGAAGUGCUUCUCGAAACAGAGGAAGUCUUUCUAACAGCCAGCAACAGCACACGUCCUGUCUCCCCAGUAUGUCUCCUGGAAUCAUCUGUUUCGCCAACAUCACCGACAGAUGCAGCCAGAGCCUUCACAGAAACAUCCUCUGCCAAACGCAGGCGAAGGAACGGGCACUCUAGACCUCGGCCUAUCUCUGACUACGGGCAGCUCAUUUCAGGGAAGCACUUCAUUCCUGAGGAAGUAGCAGAACUGCCUAGUGAGGAAAGUACAGAAAGUGUGGCGUUACAUACAGACUGCAGUGAUAUUAAUGCAUGUGGGCAUGGAGGGAGCCCUGAGAACUGCGGCAUGAAUGGAGACAUUCAGGGGAGAAGGCAGCGGCCCAUCUCAGUGAUAGGAGUUGUGGAUGUGCUCUCUGCUGAUGCUGAGGAAAAAGACCAGUGCUUUCCUUCUCAUCUGUCACGGCCACCCAUCCCCUCCCACCAGGUUCCCCCUUACAGAGCAGUAUCUGCCAGGUUUCGCCCCUCUGCCUUAUCCCAGAGCACCCCCAUCGGACUGGACCGUGUUGGGCGGCGAAAGCUCCACAGAAUGCUCAGCAAUGGUGUGUCUGAGUGCUCGACCGCACUUGAUGACAGCGUGAGCGAGGAGGAGGAGAGCAGCUUCGAAGAGCUCACUGAUGUCACACCCUACCUCCAGCCAGGGGUGGAGAUGUCUGUGCUCAACGAGUGGAUAAGCUCAGGCCACACGGUAUAUGCUGAGGCUCUCUGGGACCACGUGACCAUGGAGGAGCAGGAGCUGGCCUUCAAGGCUGGAGAUGUUAUCCGUGUCCUGGAGGCUUCACAUAAGGACUGGUGGUGGGGCAGGGGGGCAGACAGGGAGGCCUGGUUCCCCUCCAGCUUUGUGAGGGUGCGAGUGAACCAAGAGGACUCCGGUGCGGAGAGUGUAGCCGACCAGGAAGAGCCAGCUCCCAGGGACACACAUGGCGCUCAGCACAGGGAGCAGAUGAGAACUAACGUGGUUCAGGAAAUCAUGAAUACUGAACGCAUCUACAUUAAGCACCUAAAAGACAUCUGUGAGGGUUACUUCCGCCAGUGCCGUAAACAUCCUGACAUGUUCACUGAGCUGCAGCUGAAGACCAUCUUCAGCAACAUUGAAGACAUCUACAGGUUUCAGAGGCAGUUUCUCAAAGACCUGGAGAAGCAGUACAACAAAGACCAACCACACCUCAGUGAAAUAGGCUCUUGCUUUCUCUUGCAGGGGGAGGGCUUCUCUGUCUACUCAGAGUACUGUAACACUCAUCCGGCAGCCUGUGCCGAGCUACAGCGCCUCAUGAAGGUGAGCAGAUAUAAACAUUUCUUUGAGGCCUGCCGACUCCUCCAGCAGAUGAUCGACAUCUCCAUCGCUGGUUUCCUACUCACACCUGUCCAGAAGAUCUGUAAAUACCCCCUGCAGCUGGGAGAAUUGCUCAAGUACACCCCUAAGAACCACAGUGACUACAGCGCAGUGAGCAAAGCACACGAGGCUAUGAAGAAUGUGGCCAGUCUGAUAAAUGAGAGGAAAAGGAGACUGGAGAGUGUUGACACUAUUGCUCACUGGCAGGUUGCAAUUCUGCACUGGGAGGGACCCGAUGUGCUGGAGCGCAGCUCGGAGCUGAUCCACUCCGGUGAACUGACUCGAAUCGUCCGACAAAGCAAAAUUCAGCAGCGCAGCUUCUUCUUGUUUGACCACCAGCUGGUCUUCUGCAAAAAAGAUGUCCUGCGCAGAGACCUACUCCAUUAUCGUGGACAACUGGACAUGGACCAGACGGAGGUGGUGGACGUGCCCGAUGGUCGGGACCCAGACCUGGGUCUGACCCUGAGGAAUGCUCUGCGUCUGCGCCACGCAUCCACUCUGGAGUUUGUGUGUGUGCUGUGCUGCAGGAAGGCCCAGGACAAGCAGAGGUGGUUAGAGGCCUUUGCAAAGGAGAGGCACAGAGUCAAGGAAGACCAAGAGAUAGGAAUGGAGAUCAGUGAAGAGCAAAGAAAACAGGCCAUUGCUAACGCUAGAAGAAGCAAACAGGGGAAGAGCAAAACCAUUGGUUACUCCGGUUCUGUCCCACCCCACCCCCAAAACCUUCACCCACUUCACCAGCGUCACAUCACCAUUCCGACCAGUGUGCCUCAGCAGCAGGUCUUUUCGCUGGCCGAGCCUCCAAAACGAAAGCACCUGUUGUACAGCAUCACCCGCAGUGCCUUUUUCAAGAAAUGAGGCUUUGCUCCAUCACCUCUAUUUUCCUCUGUGCAUCAUCAGAGCACAUCCAGUCUGUCCUGAAGACUCAAAGAACACUUUAUUUUUUCCUGUAUUUUCCAGUCUGUGAAUAUAUUAUCAAGUUUUGUUUUUGUGCAUCAUGUCUUUAUGUGUUUAUUUUUAUUGCAUGUCAAAGUUUGGUGCCAAUAUUUCAGAAGGGGAAUGACAAAAAUGUUAAAAUUUUGACUUUGCCCAUUUUGUUUGUGUCUUGAAGAUGCUGCUCAUGAAACUCGACCCCUUUGUCUUAAUAAUUCCAACAGAAAGAUUUUUUUAAAUUUUAAUAAUGACUGUUUAUUCAGCUUUUAAGUUUGUUAAAAGUAAACAUAAAUUACUUGCCUCAUUCAGCUACCAUGUUAACAUUGUAAAUAA